AUGCCUUGUCCGCACCGACAGUUGCGUGCCGAAAACAACCUAUUUUCUGUUUCUGAGGCGCUCUCUAUAUAUUUGACUAGCGCUCAAGAUUGCGCUGAUUGCUUGAUAAUUCUUCAGGCUAUCGAGGAGUUGAAACCAGGAUGGACAGCCGACAGGAAUAAUCGUCAGGCCACAAUUGAGGUUGUUCACAUCGUCGGUAAUAAAUUUGACGUCCCAGCUACUAUUCGCCUACUUCAAAACGACGAAACUCUCCUCGCAUUCCAAGUCUUUCGCAGUUCGAAAGCCGAGCCCAUGUAUGAGGAUGUUCGAAAACCCGUCGGCAAGACUAUGCUCUAUCAGACGUUGCAGGUUUCCAGCCAUUCCCAAUCUCACGCUGCUUUCGAAAGGGCCUCAAACUGGCUGUCAUACUGCCUUGAACACGACGAUGGAUGCAGAGCUCCCAAUCCUGAUUUUCGUCCUCGCCGCCUUAUCGAUGUCAGUUCUGCAGGAAGCGGUCGAGAACCAUUCCUCGUCGACACGGUCGAAUCUGGACCAUAUGCCUGCUUGAGCUACUGCUGGGGACCAGACAGUGGUGGUGUCCUGAAAACGACAAAUAGCAAUCUUGAAGCUCACCACAGAGGUAUUCCACUUUCGUUACUCCCGACCUCGAUACAGGACGCCGUGACAGUAUGUCGUGGACUCAGGAUACAGUAUCUAUGGAUAGAUUCAUUAUGCAUUGUCCAAGACAACAAGCAUGACUGGCUCCGCGAGUCGACUCAAAUGCGCGACAUCUAUCUAAAUUCACUUCUUACAAUUGCCGCAGAAGAGCCAGCGUCCUGCAGGUCAGGCUUUUUGGGAGAGCAGAAAUUCGGGAAUACUCAAUGGCAGCGGCAUCUCGUCACCGACGCAUCCGAGGAGGAUCUGUUUAUCAGACCACAUGAUCCCGAGACAUACCUGCGGCGCUCUAAGCCUUCACUCGACAAGCGAGGUUGGUGUCUCCAAGAGAGCAUUUUGCCUACCCGAAGACUAUGCUUCAACGGCGACGAGAUUACCUGGGAAUGUCUUGGUCGAAAGAUCUGCGAGUGUGGCCAUACACUAUGGGCCCCGGACUUAAGUUCACAGAGCGCACCGAGAAAGCUACCGUUCAAUCAACCCUACCAGGAUUGGAGAGCUCUUGUCGAACAAUAUUCUGAUCGCUCGCUUACUAACAAGACGGACAAGCUAAGCGCAAUAUCUGGUCUGGCCAAGAUGAUAGCCGAAGCUCAGCGAGAUACGAGAGGAGAUAUUAGCACCUACAGGGCCGGUUUGUGGAUGCGGGAAUAUAUAUCUGACUUGACAUGGCGCGUUGUGUCGUUCGCAACAUCCCACGACACUGACCCCUGGCGAGCUCCAAGUUGGUCAUGGGCCUCGGUUGAUGGAUCGGUCCGCUACGGAUUUGACAGAGUUAUGUCGACCUGGAAGUACAAGCCCAUACAGACAAUGGCUUCUAAUGUAGACGAGGUUGUCUGCAAUACUUUGAUGCCAUCUGAUCCCGCAGGGCCUAUCACGGCAGCUCACGCCAUCUUGACGGGACCUGUUGCAGCGGUUGAAUUAGUCACUCUCGAUGAGACGUCGUCCGCGGACUGGAGAAAGAGACAUCAACAGGGGUCUUUCUCCGAUUCGUCUUGCGAUACAGUGUCGCUCGUGCGAGCUGAAGAUCUGUGCAGUCUUCAAGUCUUUCUAGACCGUCCAAGAAACGUCGACCUUAGAACACAGGACUUUGGGUCAGACUGUUGGGUGAACGGCAGGUGUAUGUGUGAAGGCUGUUUCUUUCACCCAACGAGACUGAACGAUCCCCAGAUCCUUGGGGAAGAGGAAAAACGCGUCUAUUGUCUGAAACUCUUUACCUGGACGGCUUCUGGUGGCGUGGACAACUCAGGCGGACUAAAGAAGAUGCCCCCAGAAACGUGGUUUCUUUUGCUACGAAGGCUACCUACCGGUGGAGAAAUCUUGGAAAGAAUUGGUGUCGGUAUCUGGGAAUCGCGGUUUGAUAGGAGGAAGCGGGGAAAGCACUCAAAGGAGGAAGAGUGCCCACUGUUUAUAGGGUGCGAUGUUGCUACAGUCAAGAUUGUCUAG